AUGGACGUGGACGUGGACGUGGACGUGGACGUGGACGUGGACGUGGACGUGGACGUGGACGUGGACGUGGACGUGGACGUGGACGUGGACGUGGACGUGGACGUGGACGUGGACGUGGACGUGGACGUGGACGUGGACGUGGACGUGGACGUGGACGUGGACGUGGACGUGGACGUGGACGUGGACGUGGACGUGGACGUGGACGUGGACGUGGACGUGGACGUGGACGUGGACGUGGACGUGGACGUGGACGUGGACGUGGACGUGGACGUGGACGUGGACGUGGACGUGGACGUGGACGUGGACGUGGACGUGGACGUGGACGUGGACGUGGACGUGGACGUGGACGUGGACGUGGACGUGGACGUGGACGUGGACGUGGACGUGGACGUGGACGUGGACGUGGACGUGGACGUGGACGUGGACGUGGACGUGGACGUGGACGUGGACGUGGACGUGGACGUGGACGUGGACGUGGACGUGGACGUGGACGUGGACGUGGACGUGGACGUGGACGUGGACGUGGACGUGGACGUGGACGUGGACGUGGACGUGGACGUGGACGUGGACGUGGACGUGGACGUGGACGUGGACGUGGACGUGGACGUGGACGUGGACGUGGACGUGGACGUGGACGUGGACGUGGACGUGGACGUGGACGUGGACGUGGACGUGGACGUGGACGUGGACGUGGACGUGGACGUGGACGUGGACGUGGACGUGGACGUGGACGUGGACGUGGACGUGGACGUGGACGUGGACGUGGACGUGGACGUGGACGUGGACGUGGACGUGGACGUGGACGUGGACGUGGACGUGGACGUGGACGUGGACGUGGACGUGGACGUGGACGUGGACGUGGACGUGGACGUGGACGUGGACGUGGACGUGGACGUGGACGUGGACGUGGACGUGGACGUGGACGUGGACGUGGACGUGGACGUGGACGUGGACGUGGACGUGGACGUGGACGUGGACGUGGACGUGGACGUGGACGUGGACGUGGACGUGGACGUGGACGUGGACGUGGACGUGGACGUGGACGUGGACGUGGACGUGGACGUGGACGUGGACGUGGACGUGGACGUGGACGUGGACGUGGACGUGGACGUGGACGUGGACGUGGACGUGGACGUGGACGUGGACGUGGACGUGGACGUGGACGUGGACGUGGACGUGGACGUGGACGUGGACGUGGACGUGGACGUGGACGUGGACGUGGACGUGGACGUGGACGUGGACGUGGACGUGGACGUGGACGUGGACGUGGACGUGGACGUGGACGUGGACGUGGACGUGGACGUGGACGUGGACGUGGACGUGGACGUGGACGUGGACGUGGACGUGGACGUGGACGUGGACGUGGACGUGGACGUGGACGUGGACGUGGACGUGGACGUGGACGUGGACGUGGACGUGGACGUGGACGUGGACGUGGACGUGGACGUGGACGUGGACGUGGACGUGGACGUGGACGUGGACGUGGACGUGGACGUGGACGUGGACGUGGACGUGGACGUGGACGUGGACGUGGACGUGGACGUGGACGUGGACGUGGACGUGGACGUGGACGUGGACGUGGACGUGGACGUGGACGUGGACGUGGACGUGGACGUGGACGUGGACGUGGACGUGGACGUGGACGUGGACGUGGACGUGGACGUGGACGUGGACGUGGACGUGGACGUGGACGUGGACGUGGACGUGGACGUGGACGUGGACGUGGACGUGGACGUGGACGUGGACGUGGACGUGGACGUGGACGUGGACGUGGACGUGGACGUGGACGUGGACGUGGACGUGGACGUGGACGUGGACGUGGACGUGGACGUGGACGUGGACGUGGACGUGGACGUGGACGUGGACGUGGACGUGGACGUGGACGUGGACGUGGACGUGGACGUGGACGUGGACGUGGACGUGGACGUGGACGUGGACGUGGACGUGGACGUGGACGUGGACGUGGACGUGGACGUGGACGUGGACGUGGACGUGGACGUGGACGUGGACGUGGACGUGGACGUGGACGUGGACGUGGACGUGGACGUGGACGUGGACGUGGACGUGGACGUGGACGUGGACGUGGACGUGGACGUGGACGUGGACGUGGACGUGGACGUGGACGUGGACGUGGACGUGGACGUGGACGUGGACGUGGACGUGGACGUGGACGUGGACGUGGACGUGGACGUGGACGUGGACGUGGACGUGGACGUGGACGUGGACGUGGACGUGGACGUGGACGUGGACGUGGACGUGGACGUGGACGUGGACGUGGACGUGGACGUGGACGUGGACGUGGACGUGGACGUGGACGUGGACGUGGACGUGGACGUGGACGUGGACGUGGACGUGGACGUGGACGUGGACGUGGACGUGGACGUGGACGUGGACGUGGACGUGGACGUGGACGUGGACGUGGACGUGGACGUGGACGUGGACGUGGACGUGGACGUGGACGUGGACGUGGACGUGGACGUGGACGUGGACGUGGACGUGGACGUGGACGUGGACGUGGACGUGGACGUGGACGUGGACGUGGACGUGGACGUGGACGUGGACGUGGACGUGGACGUGGACGUGGACGUGGACGUGGACGUGGACGUGGACGUGGACGUGGACGUGGACGUGGACGUGGACGUGGACGUGGACGUGGACGUGGACGUGGACGUGGACGUGGACGUGGACGUGGACGUGGACGUGGACGUGGACGUGGACGUGGACGUGGACGUGGACGUGGACGUGGACGUGGACGUGGACGUGGACGUGGACGUGGACGUGGACGUGGACGUGGACGUGGACGUGGACGUGGACGUGGACGUGGACGUGGACGUGGACGUGGACGUGGACGUGGACGUGGACGUGGACGUGGACGUGGACGUGGACGUGGACGUGGACGUGGACGUGGACGUGGACGUGGACGUGGACGUGGACGUGGACGUGGACGUGGACGUGGACGUGGACGUGGACGUGGACGUGGACGUGGACGUGGACGUGGACGUGGACGUGGACGUGGACGUGGACGUGGACGUGGACGUGGACGUGGACGUGGACGUGGACGUGGACGUGGACGUGGACGUGGACGUGGACGUGGACGUGGACGUGGACGUGGACGUGGACGUGGACGUGGACGUGGACGUGGACGUGGACGUGGACGUGGACGUGGACGUGGACGUGGACGUGGACGUGGACGUGGACGUGGACGUGGACGUGGACGUGGACGUGGACGUGGACGUGGACGUGGACGUGGACGUGGACGUGGACGUGGACGUGGACGUGGACGUGGACGUGGACGUGGACGUGGACGUGGACGUGGACGUGGACGUGGACGUGGACGUGGACGUGGACGUGGACGUGGACGUGGACGUGGACGUGGACGUGGACGUGGACGUGGACGUGGACGUGGACGUGGACGUGGACGUGGACGUGGACGUGGACGUGGACGUGGACGUGGACGUGGACGUGGACGUGGACGUGGACGUGGACGUGGACGUGGACGUGGACGUGGACGUGGACGUGGACGUGGACGUGGACGUGGACGUGGACGUGGACGUGGACGUGGACGUGGACGUGGACGUGGACGUGGACGUGGACGUGGACGUGGACGUGGACGUGGACGUGGACGUGGACGUGGACGUGGACGUGGACGUGGACGUGGACGUGGACGUGGACGUGGACGUGGACGUGGACGUGGACGUGGACGUGGACGUGGACGUGGACGUGGACGUGGACGUGGACGUGGACGUGGACGUGGACGUGGACGUGGACGUGGACGUGGACGUGGACGUGGACGUGGACGUGGACGUGGACGUGGACGUGGACGUGGACGUGGACGUGGACGUGGACGUGGACGUGGACGUGGACGUGGACGUGGACGUGGACGUGGACGUGGACGUGGACGUGGACGUGGACGUGGACGUGGACGUGGACGUGGACGUGGACGUGGACGUGGACGUGGACGUGGACGUGGACGUGGACGUGGACGUGGACGUGGACGUGGACGUGGACGUGGACGUGGACGUGGACGUGGACGUGGACGUGGACGUGGACGUGGACGUGGACGUGGACGUGGACGUGGACGUGGACGUGGACGUGGACGUGGACGUGGACGUGGACGUGGACGUGGACGUGGACGUGGACGUGGACGUGGACGUGGACGUGGACGUGGACGUGGACGUGGACGUGGACGUGGACGUGGACGUGGACGUGGACGUGGACGUGGACGUGGACGUGGACGUGGACGUGGACGUGGACGUGGACGUGGACGUGGACGUGGACGUGGACGUGGACGUGGACGUGGACGUGGACGUGGACGUGGACGUGGACGUGGACGUGGACGUGGACGUGGACGUGGACGUGGACGUGGACGUGGACGUGGACGUGGACGUGGACGUGGACGUGGACGUGGACGUGGACGUGGACGUGGACGUGGACGUGGACGUGGACGUGGACGUGGACGUGGACGUGGACGUGGACGUGGACGUGGACGUGGACGUGGACGUGGACGUGGACGUGGACGUGGACGUGGACGUGGACGUGGACGUGGACGUGGACGUGGACGUGGACGUGGACGUGGACGUGGACGUGGACGUGGACGUGGACGUGGACGUGGACGUGGACGUGGACGUGGACGUGGACGUGGACGUGGACGUGGACGUGGACGUGGACGUGGACGUGGACGUGGACGUGGACGUGGACGUGGACGUGGACGUGGACGUGGACGUGGACGUGGACGUGGACGUGGACGUGGACGUGGACGUGGACGUGGACGUGGACGUGGACGUGGACGUGGACGUGGACGUGGACGUGGACGUGGACGUGGACGUGGACGUGGACGUGGACGUGGACGUGGACGUGGACGUGGACGUGGACGUGGACGUGGACGUGGACGUGGACGUGGACGUGGACGUGGACGUGGACGUGGACGUGGACGUGGACGUGGACGUGGACGUGGACGUGGACGUGGACGUGGACGUGGACGUGGACGUGGACGUGGACGUGGACGUGGACGUGGACGUGGACGUGGACGUGGACGUGGACGUGGACGUGGACGUGGACGUGGACGUGGACGUGGACGUGGACGUGGACGUGGACGUGGACGUGGACGUGGACGUGGACGUGGACGUGGACGUGGACGUGGACGUGGACGUGGACGUGGACGUGGACGUGGACGUGGACGUGGACGUGGACGUGGACGUGGACGUGGACGUGGACGUGGACGUGGACGUGGACGUGGACGUGGACGUGGACGUGGACGUGGACGUGGACGUGGACGUGGACGUGGACGUGGACGUGGACGUGGACGUGGACGUGGACGUGGACGUGGACGUGGACGUGGACGUGGACGUGGACGUGGACGUGGACGUGGACGUGGACGUGGACGUGGACGUGGACGUGGACGUGGACGUGGACGUGGACGUGGACGUGGACGUGGACGUGGACGUGGACGUGGACGUGGACGUGGACGUGGACGUGGACGUGGACGUGGACGUGGACGUGGACGUGGACGUGGACGUGGACGUGGACGUGGACGUGGACGUGGACGUGGACGUGGACGUGGACGUGGACGUGGACGUGGACGUGGACGUGGACGUGGACGUGGACGUGGACGUGGACGUGGACGUGGACGUGGACGUGGACGUGGACGUGGACGUGGACGUGGACGUGGACGUGGACGUGGACGUGGACGUGGACGUGGACGUGGACGUGGACGUGGACGUGGACGUGGACGUGGACGUGGACGUGGACGUGGACGUGGACGUGGACGUGGACGUGGACGUGGACGUGGACGUGGACGUGGACGUGGACGUGGACGUGGACGUGGACGUGGACGUGGACGUGGACGUGGACGUGGACGUGGACGUGGACGUGGACGUGGACGUGGACGUGGACGUGGACGUGGACGUGGACGUGGACGUGGACGUGGACGUGGACGUGGACGUGGACGUGGACGUGGACGUGGACGUGGACGUGGACGUGGACGUGGACGUGGACGUGGACGUGGACGUGGACGUGGACGUGGACGUGGACGUGGACGUGGACGUGGACGUGGACGUGGACGUGGACGUGGACGUGGACGUGGACGUGGACGUGGACGUGGACGUGGACGUGGACGUGGACGUGGACGUGGACGUGGACGUGGACGUGGACGUGGACGUGGACGUGGACGUGGACGUGGACGUGGACGUGGACGUGGACGUGGACGUGGACGUGGACGUGGACGUGGACGUGGACGUGGACGUGGACGUGGACGUGGACGUGGACGUGGACGUGGACGUGGACGUGGACGUGGACGUGGACGUGGACGUGGACGUGGACGUGGACGUGGACGUGGACGUGGACGUGGACGUGGACGUGGACGUGGACGUGGACGUGGACGUGGACGUGGACGUGGACGUGGACGUGGACGUGGACGUGGACGUGGACGUGGACGUGGACGUGGACGUGGACGUGGACGUGGACGUGGACGUGGACGUGGACGUGGACGUGGACGUGGACGUGGACGUGGACGUGGACGUGGACGUGGACGUGGACGUGGACGUGGACGUGGACGUGGACGUGGACGUGGACGUGGACGUGGACGUGGACGUGGACGUGGACGUGGACGUGGACGUGGACGUGGACGUGGACGUGGACGUGGACGUGGACGUGGACGUGGACGUGGACGUGGACGUGGACGUGGACGUGGACGUGGACGUGGACGUGGACGUGGACGUGGACGUGGACGUGGACGUGGACGUGGACGUGGACGUGGACGUGGACGUGGACGUGGACGUGGACGUGGACGUGGACGUGGACGUGGACGUGGACGUGGACGUGGACGUGGACGUGGACGUGGACGUGGACGUGGACGUGGACGUGGACGUGGACGUGGACGUGGACGUGGACGUGGACGUGGACGUGGACGUGGACGUGGACGUGGACGUGGACGUGGACGUGGACGUGGACGUGGACGUGGACGUGGACGUGGACGUGGACGUGGACGUGGACGUGGACGUGGACGUGGACGUGGACGUGGACGUGGACGUGGACGUGGACGUGGACGUGGACGUGGACGUGGACGUGGACGUGGACGUGGACGUGGACGUGGACGUGGACGUGGACGUGGACGUGGACGUGGACGUGGACGUGGACGUGGACGUGGACGUGGACGUGGACGUGGACGUGGACGUGGACGUGGACGUGGACGUGGACGUGGACGUGGACGUGGACGUGGACGUGGACGUGGACGUGGACGUGGACGUGGACGUGGACGUGGACGUGGACGUGGACGUGGACGUGGACGUGGACGUGGACGUGGACGUGGACGUGGACGUGGACGUGGACGUGGACGUGGACGUGGACGUGGACGUGGACGUGGACGUGGACGUGGACGUGGACGUGGACGUGGACGUGGACGUGGACGUGGACGUGGACGUGGACGUGGACGUGGACGUGGACGUGGACGUGGACGUGGACGUGGACGUGGACGUGGACGUGGACGUGGACGUGGACGUGGACGUGGACGUGGACGUGGACGUGGACGUGGACGUGGACGUGGACGUGGACGUGGACGUGGACGUGGACGUGGACGUGGACGUGGACGUGGACGUGGACGUGGACGUGGACGUGGACGUGGACGUGGACGUGGACGUGGACGUGGACGUGGACGUGGACGUGGACGUGGACGUGGACGUGGACGUGGACGUGGACGUGGACGUGGACGUGGACGUGGACGUGGACGUGGACGUGGACGUGGACGUGGACGUGGACGUGGACGUGGACGUGGACGUGGACGUGGACGUGGACGUGGACGUGGACGUGGACGUGGACGUGGACGUGGACGUGGACGUGGACGUGGACGUGGACGUGGACGUGGACGUGGACGUGGACGUGGACGUGGACGUGGACGUGGACGUGGACGUGGACGUGGACGUGGACGUGGACGUGGACGUGGACGUGGACGUGGACGUGGACGUGGACGUGGACGUGGACGUGGACGUGGACGUGGACGUGGACGUGGACGUGGACGUGGACGUGGACGUGGACGUGGACGUGGACGUGGACGUGGACGUGGACGUGGACGUGGACGUGGACGUGGACGUGGACGUGGACGUGGACGUGGACGUGGACGUGGACGUGGACGUGGACGUGGACGUGGACGUGGACGUGGACGUGGACGUGGACGUGGACGUGGACGUGGACGUGGACGUGGACGUGGACGUGGACGUGGACGUGGACGUGGACGUGGACGUGGACGUGGACGUGGACGUGGACGUGGACGUGGACGUGGACGUGGACGUGGACGUGGACGUGGACGUGGACGUGGACGUGGACGUGGACGUGGACGUGGACGUGGACGUGGACGUGGACGUGGACGUGGACGUGGACGUGGACGUGGACGUGGACGUGGACGUGGACGUGGACGUGGACGUGGACGUGGACGUGGACGUGGACGUGGACGUGGACGUGGACGUGGACGUGGACGUGGACGUGGACGUGGACGUGGACGUGGACGUGGACGUGGACGUGGACGUGGACGUGGACGUGGACGUGGACGUGGACGUGGACGUGGACGUGGACGUGGACGUGGACGUGGACGUGGACGUGGACGUGGACGUGGACGUGGACGUGGACGUGGACGUGGACGUGGACGUGGACGUGGACGUGGACGUGGACGUGGACGUGGACGUGGACGUGGACGUGGACGUGGACGUGGACGUGGACGUGGACGUGGACGUGGACGUGGACGUGGACGUGGACGUGGACGUGGACGUGGACGUGGACGUGGACGUGGACGUGGACGUGGACGUGGACGUGGACGUGGACGUGGACGUGGACGUGGACGUGGACGUGGACGUGGACGUGGACGUGGACGUGGACGUGGACGUGGACGUGGACGUGGACGUGGACGUGGACGUGGACGUGGACGUGGACGUGGACGUGGACGUGGACGUGGACGUGGACGUGGACGUGGACGUGGACGUGGACGUGGACGUGGACGUGGACGUGGACGUGGACGUGGACGUGGACGUGGACGUGGACGUGGACGUGGACGUGGACGUGGACGUGGACGUGGACGUGGACGUGGACGUGGACGUGGACGUGGACGUGGACGUGGACGUGGACGUGGACGUGGACGUGGACGUGGACGUGGACGUGGACGUGGACGUGGACGUGGACGUGGACGUGGACGUGGACGUGGACGUGGACGUGGACGUGGACGUGGACGUGGACGUGGACGUGGACGUGGACGUGGACGUGGACGUGGACGUGGACGUGGACGUGGACGUGGACGUGGACGUGGACGUGGACGUGGACGUGGACGUGGACGUGGACGUGGACGUGGACGUGGACGUGGACGUGGACGUGGACGUGGACGUGGACGUGGACGUGGACGUGGACGUGGACGUGGACGUGGACGUGGACGUGGACGUGGACGUGGACGUGGACGUGGACGUGGACGUGGACGUGGACGUGGACGUGGACGUGGACGUGGACGUGGACGUGGACGUGGACGUGGACGUGGACGUGGACGUGGACGUGGACGUGGACGUGGACGUGGACGUGGACGUGGACGUGGACGUGGACGUGGACGUGGACGUGGACGUGGACGUGGACGUGGACGUGGACGUGGACGUGGACGUGGACGUGGACGUGGACGUGGACGUGGACGUGGACGUGGACGUGGACGUGGACGUGGACGUGGACGUGGACGUGGACGUGGACGUGGACGUGGACGUGGACGUGGACGUGGACGUGGACGUGGACGUGGACGUGGACGUGGACGUGGACGUGGACGUGGACGUGGACGUGGACGUGGACGUGGACGUGGACGUGGACGUGGACGUGGACGUGGACGUGGACGUGGACGUGGACGUGGACGUGGACGUGGACGUGGACGUGGACGUGGACGUGGACGUGGACGUGGACGUGGACGUGGACGUGGACGUGGACGUGGACGUGGACGUGGACGUGGACGUGGACGUGGACGUGGACGUGGACGUGGACGUGGACGUGGACGUGGACGUGGACGUGGACGUGGACGUGGACGUGGACGUGGACGUGGACGUGGACGUGGACGUGGACGUGGACGUGGACGUGGACGUGGACGUGGACGUGGACGUGGACGUGGACGUGGACGUGGACGUGGACGUGGACGUGGACGUGGACGUGGACGUGGACGUGGACGUGGACGUGGACGUGGACGUGGACGUGGACGUGGACGUGGACGUGGACGUGGACGUGGACGUGGACGUGGACGUGGACGUGGACGUGGACGUGGACGUGGACGUGGACGUGGACGUGGACGUGGACGUGGACGUGGACGUGGACGUGGACGUGGACGUGGACGUGGACGUGGACGUGGACGUGGACGUGGACGUGGACGUGGACGUGGACGUGGACGUGGACGUGGACGUGGACGUGGACGUGGACGUGGACGUGGACGUGGACGUGGACGUGGACGUGGACGUGGACGUGGACGUGGACGUGGACGUGGACGUGGACGUGGACGUGGACGUGGACGUGGACGUGGACGUGGACGUGGACGUGGACGUGGACGUGGACGUGGACGUGGACGUGGACGUGGACGUGGACGUGGACGUGGACGUGGACGUGGACGUGGACGUGGACGUGGACGUGGACGUGGACGUGGACGUGGACGUGGACGUGGACGUGGACGUGGACGUGGACGUGGACGUGGACGUGGACGUGGACGUGGACGUGGACGUGGACGUGGACGUGGACGUGGACGUGGACGUGGACGUGGACGUGGACGUGGACGUGGACGUGGACGUGGACGUGGACGUGGACGUGGACGUGGACGUGGACGUGGACGUGGACGUGGACGUGGACGUGGACGUGGACGUGGACGUGGACGUGGACGUGGACGUGGACGUGGACGUGGACGUGGACGUGGACGUGGACGUGGACGUGGACGUGGACGUGGACGUGGACGUGGACGUGGACGUGGACGUGGACGUGGACGUGGACGUGGACGUGGACGUGGACGUGGACGUGGACGUGGACGUGGACGUGGACGUGGACGUGGACGUGGACGUGGACGUGGACGUGGACGUGGACGUGGACGUGGACGUGGACGUGGACGUGGACGUGGACGUGGACGUGGACGUGGACGUGGACGUGGACGUGGACGUGGACGUGGACGUGGACGUGGACGUGGACGUGGACGUGGACGUGGACGUGGACGUGGACGUGGACGUGGACGUGGACGUGGACGUGGACGUGGACGUGGACGUGGACGUGGACGUGGACGUGGACGUGGACGUGGACGUGGACGUGGACGUGGACGUGGACGUGGACGUGGACGUGGACGUGGACGUGGACGUGGACGUGGACGUGGACGUGGACGUGGACGUGGACGUGGACGUGGACGUGGACGUGGACGUGGACGUGGACGUGGACGUGGACGUGGACGUGGACGUGGACGUGGACGUGGACGUGGACGUGGACGUGGACGUGGACGUGGACGUGGACGUGGACGUGGACGUGGACGUGGACGUGGACGUGGACGUGGACGUGGACGUGGACGUGGACGUGGACGUGGACGUGGACGUGGACGUGGACGUGGACGUGGACGUGGACGUGGACGUGGACGUGGACGUGGACGUGGACGUGGACGUGGACGUGGACGUGGACGUGGACGUGGACGUGGACGUGGACGUGGACGUGGACGUGGACGUGGACGUGGACGUGGACGUGGACGUGGACGUGGACGUGGACGUGGACGUGGACGUGGACGUGGACGUGGACGUGGACGUGGACGUGGACGUGGACGUGGACGUGGACGUGGACGUGGACGUGGACGUGGACGUGGACGUGGACGUGGACGUGGACGUGGACGUGGACGUGGACGUGGACGUGGACGUGGACGUGGACGUGGACGUGGACGUGGACGUGGACGUGGACGUGGACGUGGACGUGGACGUGGACGUGGACGUGGACGUGGACGUGGACGUGGACGUGGACGUGGACGUGGACGUGGACGUGGACGUGGACGUGGACGUGGACGUGGACGUGGACGUGGACGUGGACGUGGACGUGGACGUGGACGUGUGGACGUGGACGACGUGGACGUGGACGUGGACGUGGAUGGACGUGGACGUGGACGUGGACGUGGACGUGGACGUGGACGUGGACGUGGACGUGGACGUGGACGUGGACGUGGACGUGGACGUGGACGUGGACGUGGACGUGGACGUGGACGUGGACGUGGACGUGGACGUGGACGUGGACGUGGACGUGGACGUGGACGUGGACGUGGACGUGGACGUGGACGUGGACGUGGACGUGGACGUGGACGUGGACGUGGACGUGGACGUGGACGUGGACGUGGACGUGGACGUGGACGUGGACGUGGACGUGGACGUGGACGUGGACGUGGACGUGGACGUGGACGUGGACGUGGACGUGGACGUGGACGUGGACGUGGACGUGGACGUGGACGUGGACGUGGACGUGGACGUGGACGUGGACGUGGACGUGGACGUGGACGUGGACGUGGACGUGGACGUGGACGUGGACGUGGACGUGGACGUGGACGUGGACGUGGACGUGGACGUGGACGUGGACGUGGACGUGGACGUGGACGUGGACUGGACGUGGACGUGGACGUGGACGUGGACGUGUGGACGUGGACAUGGACGUGGACGUGGACGUGGACGUGGACGUGGACGUGGACGUGGACGUGGACGUGGACGUGGACGUGUGGGACGUGGACAUGGACGUGGACGUGGACGUGGUCGUGGAACGCGUGGACGUGGACGUGGACGUGUGGACGUGGACGUGGACGUGGACGUGGACGUGGACGUGGACGUGGACGUGGACGUGGACGUGGACGUGACGUGGACGUGGACGGACGUGGACGUGGACGUGGACGUGGACGUGGACGUGGACGUGGACGUGGACGUGGACGUGGACGUGGACGUGGACGUGGACGUGGACGUGGACGUGGACGUGGACGUGGACGUGGACGUGGACGUGGACGUGGACGUGGACGUGGACGUGGACAUGGACGUGGACGUGGGCGUGGACGUGGACGUGGACGUGGACGUGGACGUGGACGUGGACGUGGACAUGGACGUGGACGUGGACGUGGACGUGGACGUGGACGUGGACGUGGACGUGGACGUGGACGUGGACGUGGACGUGGACGUGGACGACGUGGACGUGGACGUGGACGUGGACGUGGACGUGGACGUGGACGUGGACGUGGACGGGACGUGGACGUGGACGUGGACGUGGACGUGGACGUGGACGUGGACGUGGACGUGGACGUGGACGUGGACGUGGACGGGACUUGGACGUGGACGUGGACGUGGACGUGGACGUGGACGUGGACGUGGACGUGGACGUGGACGUGACGUGGACGUGGACGUGGACGUGGACGUGGACGUGGACGUGGACGUGGACGUGGACGUGGACGUGGACGUGGACGUGGACGUGGACGUGGACGUGGACGUGGACGUGGACGUGGACGCGUGGACGUGGACGUGGACGUGGACGUGGACGUGGACGGACGUGGACGUGGACGUGGACAUGGACGUGGACGUGGACGUGGACGUGGACGUGGACGUGGACGGUCGUGGACGUGGACGUGGACGGUACGUGGACGUGGACGUGGACGUGGACGUGGACGUGGACGUGGACGUGGACGUGGACGUGGACGUGGACGUGGACGUGGACGUGGACGUGGACGUGGACGUGGACGUGGACGUGGACGUGGACGUGGACGUGGACGUGGACGUGACGUGGACGUGGACGUGGACGUGGACGUGGACGUGGACGUGGACGGGACGUGGACGUGGACUGGACGUGGACGUGGACGUGGACGUGGACGUGGACGUGGACGUGGACUUGGUGGACGUGGACGUGGACGUGGACGUGGACGUGGACGACGUGGACGUGGACGUGGACGUGGACGUGGACGUGGACGUGGACGUGGACGUGGACGUGGACGUGGACGUGGACGGAGUGGACGUGGACGUGGACGUGGACGUGUGA